GGCCUCAGCGUGACGUCAGAACGCCGAGAUCAGGACGUCGAAACCAAAGGAAGACAGGAACCAGCCGGGUGGCCGAGCAGUGUUGUGGCCGUGUGGUUUUCGCUUUGCGUCGCUGCUUAACGUGUCCUGACAGUGAAAAAGCAGUCUGGCUCCCGAGGUCCACCCCUUACACCCCAAGGUCCAGAUGGCGGCCAACGUGGGUGAUCAGCGUGCCACGGAUUGGUCCUCUCAGUACAGCAUGGUGGCUGGGGCAGGCAGAGAGAAUGGCAUGGAGACCCCAAUGCACGAGAACCCAGAAUGGGAGAAGGCCCGCCAAGCCCUGGCCAGCAUCAGCAAAGCAGGAGCUGCCAGUAGUUCUGCCAAGGCCAGCAAUAAUGGGCCUGUGACCAGUGCACAAUACGUGUCCCAGGCGGAAGCCUCAGCCUUACAGCAGCAGCAGUACUACCAGUGGUACCAGCAGUACAACUACGCCUAUCCCUACAGUUACUACUACCCCAUGAGCAUGUACCAGAGCUAUGGCUCCCCUUCCCAGUACGGGAUGGCCGGCUCCUACAGCACCACCACGCCCCAGCAGCCAUCAGCACCCCAGCACCAAGGGACUCUGAACCAGCCCCCAGUUCCUGGCCUGGAUGAAAACAUGUCCUACCAGGCACCCCCCCAGCAGCUGCCAGCAGCCCAGCCCCCUCAGCCUGCAAACCCCCAGCAUGGGGCUCAUGCUUUGAGCAGCGGCCCUCAGCCCGGCACAGCCCCAGCCACACAGCACAGCCAGGCGGGGCCCACCACAGGCCAGGCCUAUGGGCCGCACACCUACACUGAGCCUGUCAAGCCCAAGAAGGGCCAACAGCUGUGGAACCGCAUGAAGCCAGCCCCUGGGACUGGAGGUCUCAAGUUCAAUAUCCAGAAGCGACCGUUUGCUGUCACCAACCAGAGCUUCAGCUCCAAUGCAGAAGGCCAGCAUAGUGGCUUUGGCCCCCAGCCCAACCCUGAGAAAGCCCAGAACCACAGCGGCCCUUCUGCCCGGGGAAACCUGUCUGGGAAGCCUGACGACUGGCCCCAGGACAUGAAGGAGUAUGUGGAGCGCUGCUUCACUGCCUGUGAGUCGGAGGAGGACAAGGACCGGACAGAGAAGUUGCUCAAGGAGGUGCUGCAAGCCCGGCUACAGGACGGCUCUGCCUAUACCAUCGACUGGAGCCGGGAGCCUCUACCAGGGCUAACCCGGGAGCCUGUGGCUGAAAGCCCAAAGAAGAAGCGGUGGGAGGCCCCUAGCAGCCUUCAUCCUCCUAGGGCGGCAGGCUCAGCGACAAGGGGUGGGGGUGCCCAGUCACAGCGAGGGACACCAGGGGCUGGGGGUGCUGGCCGAGCCCGGGGCAGCAGCUUCACCAAGUUUGGCAACCGCAAUGUCUUCAUGAAGGACAACAGCUCUUCUUCCAGCACAGAUUCCCGUUCCCGCUCCUCCUCCAGGUCCCCGACUCGCCACUUCCGCAGAAGUGACUCCCACUCGGACUCUGACAGUUCCUACUCAGGGAAUGAGUGUCACCCUGUGGGCCGCAGGAACCCGCCCCCCAAGGGCCGGGGUGGUCGAGGAGCCCACAUGGAUCGGGGCCGAGGCAGGGCGCAGCGUGGGAAGAGGCAUGAUCUAGCUCCCACCAAACGCAGCCGCAAGAAGAUGGCAGCCUUGGAGUGUGAGGACCCCGAGCGUGAACUGAAGAAGCAAAAGCGGGCAGCCCGUUUCCAGCAUGGACACUCCCGCCGCCUGCGCCUCGAGCCCCUGGUGCUGCAGAUGGGCAGUCUGGAGAGCAGCGGGGCUGACCCUGACUGGCAGGAGCUGCAGAUUGUGGGCACCUGCCCAGAUAUCACCAAGCACUACCUACGUCUCACCUGCGCCCCUGACCCAUCCACUGUGCGCCCUGUGGCAGUUUUGAAAAAGUCACUGUGCAUGGUCAAGUCCCACUGGAAAGAGAAGCAGGACUAUGCCUUCGCGUGUGAGCAGAUGAAGUCCAUCCGGCAGGACCUGACGGUGCAAGGUGUCCGCACAGAGUUCACAGUGGAGGUGUAUGAGACCCAUGCCCGCAUUGCCUUGGAGAAGGGAGACCAUGAAGAGUUUAACCAGUGCCAGACGCAGCUCAAAUCGCUGUAUGCUGAAAAUUUGCCUGGCAAUGUGGGCGAGUUCACUGCCUACCGGAUCCUUUACUUCAUCUUCACUAAGAACUCGGGAGACAUCACCACAGAACUGGCGUACCUCACUCGGGAACUGAAGGCAGACCCCUGUGUGGCCCAUGCCUUGGCACUAAGGGCGGCCUGGGCACUGGGCAACUACCACCGCUUCUUCCGGCUCUACUGUCAUGCACCCUGCAUGUCCGGCUACCUCGUGGACAAGUUUGCAGACCGGGAGCGCAAGGCUGCCCUCAAGGCAAUGAUCAAAACGUAUGUGGCGCUGAGCUCCCCUCUGACCUCUGCACUUUUGGCCCUUCUGCCUCACAGUGCCCCUUGGACACACUCACCAUCCUCAAGUCCUCUCUCCCUAGUCCUGACCUUCUCUCACACAUCUUUCUCCACUCAGCCCUCCCCAACUUGGCCCCUCUUUGCUUCUCACAGCCUCUCUCUCUCUCUCUGCAUUCUGGGUCCCUCUAUGUUUUCCUCCUCCUCCUCUCUCCAUUCUUAUCUCUGCUCCCAGGUUCCCAUCGUUCCUCCUCCCUCCAUUCUUAUCUCUCUUCCUGGGUUCCCAUCUCCACCCCGUUCUGCACUUCUCUACCUCUUGCUCACACCUGCCCAGAUCCUAGUCUGUCUCUGGGCUCUGAGCUCCCGCUCUGAGGUCUUUGUCCACCUUUCACAGGUCUCAUUAUGCUCAGCUCUAUAGAGGUAGACCAGACAGCUUUUACUCAGGUCAUUCCCAUGCAGCUCCUUUGAGAGUGCCCAGGAAUGUUUAGGGGACACAGAGGUGGGUGGCUACCCUGAGGGUAGUGCUGAAAGGCUCUCUGGCAGCCUGGCCUGCUCAGUGACAUUGUUUGCCAGACAUUGUGUGUAGCUCACCAGGGGCACCAGGGGGUUGCUCGACUCGGUUAGACACGUGGUGCCCAGUUCAGGGAUUGAGUUGACCCAGGGAAUGUCUGGAGGUGUUUUGGUUGUCAGGGCAAGGGGAUGCUACUAGAGUUGAGUGGAUAGGAGCCUGAGCUGCCACUGAACAUCUUGCAGCACACAGCCCCCACAGGCCAUCUGGCCUUAAGCAUCAGUUUUGCUGAGGUUAAGAGACCUCAAAGAGGUCAGUUGGCAGGUCUGAGGGACUUCAAGUGCCAGGCCAGCUGACCUUCCUGUGGCAGUAGUAAUCACAGGAUGAUGUGGAACUGGAGCUGGGCCAUCAGCCUGCAGAUUAAGGAACUCUGGGAUCUAGUUGUGGUCAAGCCAACUUUAGGCAGAGGAUGAGGCAGGGUAGGCCCCCAGGAGCAGAAGAGGACAGGGGGCAGUACAUGUUCAGGGCCUGGUAGAAGGAGGCAGCCAGGCUACCCAGUCCCCCUGUGGCUUCAUGGGCCCUGCAGUGGGCAGAUGUUGGGACUUCAGUGCUGCACGUGGUAUAUGGUUGGGUGAAUCAGCCUUUGGCUGGUGACAUGGCCAUGAAUGUCCCUCAUGGGUAGAGUCCUGGUUUGUCACUGGCCUUGGUCUCUCAGUGCCUUCCCACCUAAGAGGCUGGCACUACCAGUCCACGGCAGGCAUCCUUUCUCAGGGCCUAAAGCUGUGUCCUUGCAGAGGCUGCAGGCUAGGAGGUCUGGGACAUGGAGAAAGCAGACAAUCCCAGGGCUAUGACUUUGGAGCAGUGCUGGCUUCUAGUGCUUAGUUCUACUUGCUGGUUCCACACAUUUUCCCUAGUGUGUGUAAAGGGCCAGGCAGCUCGACCUGUAGAGAGGGGUUCAUCCAGUGAGUUAAUGGAGGAGGCCCUGGCGACAACUGUGUCCUUGGCACGUGUCAAGUGUUUAACCAGUAGUGUCUCUUUUUGAUAGCAGCCAGACAUUGCUGCUUUCAGAGUAUAGUGAUGAGUGCUGACCAGUACACCUUGCCUAAGCUCCACCUCGCCUAGGCUCCCAGAGGGCCUCUGACCAAGGGCAGGGGAAGCGGCAAGGGGUGGGGUUCCUGGGUGGCACUGGCAGCCCUGUUGUCCUGUCCUAUACCAUGUGGUGCUCCCUCCAUCUGGCCCCUACCCCUCAGCCAGCAGAGAAGCCUGCUGGGCCCUUCCCCUCCUGUCCCCUGUCCUUCCUGGCCCCCUGCACAGGUAAGUGAGGGUGAGGGGGGGCACAGCUGGGGUCUGGGGCCACCAACCCCACCCCGGGCCCCCCCAAGCCUGUGAGGUUGGAAGGAUGGGAGGGGGUGGAGGAGCCAGCAGAUACCAUGCUGAGGAAACCUGUGGGUACCCGAAUGGGGGGGCCUCACCCCAUGUUCGUGGGGCCCUCCCUUGCCCACUGCCCACCUCAUCAUGUUCUCCUCUUGUCUCCGUAGCUUCCGCCCUGCGCUGCCUGUCUCCUACCUGCAGGCCGAGCUGGCCUUCGAGGGCGAGGCCGCCUGCCGGGCCUUCCUAGAGCCCCUGGGCCUGGCCUACAUGGGCCCGGACAACUCCAGCAUCGACUGCCGCCUCAGCCUGGCGCAGCUGUCAGCCUUCUGAGCACCCAGCGAGGAUGGGGGUGGGGGGUAGGGGCUGUAGCCCCCCAACACCGCCUUUGCGGAUUUUUUGAGCCGUGGACUUGGGUUGUAAAUUAUUUUGUGGGAUCAGGCUCCAGGAAGGGCCACUAUCCCUGCCCCUGUUUUCCGACCGGGGAGUCUGUACAGAGAUUUUUUUCUACAUUUUUAUUUUUUGCCUCAAAGGGAUGGGAUUGGGGAAGGAGGGGGUGGGACAGUGGGGGGUGCUGGGGGCAUGGUCUGUAGGCCUGUCUGUCACCUUUCACCUCCACUAAUGCUGUCUCAGUGUUUUUUCUCUCUCUCUUUCGAGCUUGUACUCCGGUACCCAACCCGGCGCCCUGGCCCAUCCCAUGCCAGGGGGGCCAGUGGAAAGAAGACAGGCCGUCCAGCCGUGCCCGCCUGCAGCGGGGGCACCCAGCAACCAGCCCACCGCCUGCUGCCUCAUCUGCCUCAUCACAGACUCUUGUCCAGCCCUCUGGGGCCUCAGUGUGUUGGGGUGAGGGGAGCUGCCUAGAGACUGUGCCUCACCCUCCGCCCUCCACCCCAGAAAUGCCAAUGCCAGCAAGCACCACCACCACCAGAUCCACCACCACCGCCACAGCGCACUGAGGACUCCGGAGGUCAGCGCGGGACCUCGCCGGCCGGGCCGCCUCGUCUCAAGUUGUAUUAAGUUGUCUCCGUGUCCCCUCUUCCCUGCACCCCCAAUGUUUCUUCUGAUUUUUUUUUUUACCCUUUCCGUCCCUCCUCUUCCUGCUUCCUGUUCCUCCCUCGGUUCAACACAGGUAAAACGGUCACCCUCCCUCUCCACCUUCAUGGAUCACCAGCUCACUUCAUGUUCUUCUCUUUUCUUUUUGUGUGUGUUUAUUUCAGUUAUUUUUCUUUUUCCUCCCCCUUUUCUUUUUGGCCCUCCCUCCCUCUUCUGCCAUGUAACUGGAGGAUGUGCUGAGUUUGCAAACAGCUGGACUGUCGGGCUGCUUUUUUUCCAGAUGUUUUUCCUCUGCCUCCCUCCGCCCUCUUCUCCUCCCCCCCUUCCUUCAUUCUUUCUUUGGAGCACUGAGCACCAUUUGGAAGCUUGAGAGAAACCAAAAUUAAAGAGAGAGAGAGAGAG